AUGCUUACCUAAGUUAUGCAACAAGAACUUACUUUGUUGACUAAGUAGCAAGUAAGCUUCAAAGAUGACUAAAACCAGGAUGUAUCCAAAAUGUAAAAAACUCUUUCGAAAUAGUAAAAUGAUAAUAGAAACUAAUAAAAGAGUUCGAUUCCGCUAAUCUAUCGCCAAUAUUAGUCUGCUAAAGAUAUAAGGAAAGAAGGAAAUUUAGUGAAUUUGUUGACAACUCAAGAAGAUGACUAUGAAAAUUGUAUGCUAAAAAAAGAAGAGAAGAAAUCUCCUUACUCUCCUGGGUCUUCUGAUGAUGAACCUCCACAAAAGAUCCAAAGAGAUGAAGUGAGUGAAAAGAACGACGAAUACUCUUAAAAGACAGAUAAUUGGCUCAGGGAUUAGCUGAAUAAGUCAAUAUAACUCUAAGAAAUCAGUCAGAGAAAAGAUAUUUAAGGCUAACUUGAAGAAAAAGAAGAAGAGAAAAACGAUAUUUAAAGCCAAGAUAGCAUUCAAAACAUGUACUUCAAAACUUAAAAUAGUGAGAUAGAGAAAAUUGGAUUCAAAUCAUAAAGUUAGAAAAUUUACGAAUUUAUCAUUGAAAUUAAUUUGUCUGAUUAUCUGGCUCAAAGCUAACUAACUCUAAGCGAGUUAAAUUAAAUUUAUAAUGACUUUUUAAAUGUUAAGUUGAAUGAUGACAAAGCUACUAGUUGCAAGUUAAUGAUUAUACUAAUUGAACUAUACUCCAAGUCUUAUAGAGUCAAAAAGGUUAUAUGCAGACAUGGGGUUUCUGAAUUUGUGAUGGCUGGAUACAAUAUUAAAACAAAAGCAGAAGUCGCUAUUUUUGUACAACUUCCUUAGUUCAAUGCCCAAAAAGGAAAUUGCUUUGAAAAAUUUAAAUAAGAGCAAGAAUAAGUCCUUUAAAAAAUCAUAAGCGAGCAGUUUAAGCUUGAUCAGAUUAACCAUAACUAUUACAUCUUAAAAGUCUUUUAGUAAUUCUUAAUAGAGCCUGUUCUAGGUUUGGUUUAAAUCACUGAGAUAUUUGAAUGCGAUUUAGAAUCAGAAAUUAAGUUGUAAUAGAAAGAUUUCACUAAUUAGAAUUUAAUUAAUAUUUUCUUUUAGCUUAUCAAUGCUCUAACAGAAAUACAUUCUAAUGAUAUUACCCACCUAUAACUAAAUCCCAGAAAUAUUUUAAAAAUGUAAAACGGAUAAUACAAACUAUCAAAUUUUGGUAGAUUUUCAUUAAUUUCAUCAAAUUAAAAAAUCUCAUAAGAGGAAAUCAAGUUUUACUCUCCAGAAUAAAUGGAAUGCAUUAAAAAUUAAACUUCUGUACUAAAAAUGUAAGAUAAAUCUGAUGUUUACAGCAUGGGUCUCACAUUAAUGACUUUGUUUAAUUUACCAUAAGAUAAAUUUUCAAUAAGCGAUAUUAGGGAAGGUAAAUUCUUAGAAUAAAAAAUUGAUGAUCCUGUUUAACUUUCUCUUAUGAUGUUUAUCAAAUAUUAUAUGACUUGCAAGGAUCCUAAUAAUAGAUUUAAUUCUCUUAAAUUAAGAGCGAUUUUACUUAGCGAGUUUUCAAAGUAAUAGAUCAACAGAGAAUAAGAAUAUCUUAGAAUUGUUAAACUGAUUUCGAGCUACAAAGCUUAAAAUCUACACACUCAUAAAUACCUUUCAUAUUUAUAUUUUUUAACAGCUCAAUUAAAUAAAAAUCCUGGAAAUAAUUUGAUUUAGUCUAUAAAAAUAGCUCAGCUAAACACUAAUUUUAACAAUUCAGAUUUUUUGUAAAUUUAAAGUAUGUAUGCUCUUAUUUUAAGUAGCGAACACAGAUUUAAAGAAUCUGAUAAAAUAUUAACCAAUUGCUUAAGUUAAAGAAAGCAAUUAUAUAAAGACUAACUUCACUAUGAUAUCUCUGAUGCUAUAAAUAGUUUUGCAAUUUCGUAUACAACUUAAGAAGAAUAUAAACUGGCCCUCGAGUAGGAUUUAAAAACAUUAGAGUUGAGAGAAAGCUUAUAUGGCAUGGAGCAUCCUGAAAUUAUUAGGUCUUAUCUUAAUAUCGCAUCAACAUAUGAAAAGCUUGUCCAACACAAAAAAGCUUUGGAAUAUAAACUAAAAGCUUUGAAUAUGAGAGAAUAAAUAAAUACUGGAAAUCACCCAGACUUAAUUGAGAUUUUUAAUUCAUUAGCAUAAACAUACGAAGUGCUAGGAGACAAUAAAACAGCUUAACAAUAUGAUUUUAAGGCUGUUAAAAUGAGAGAAGCUCUAUAGAAUGAUGAACCCUCCAAACUUGCAUAGUCUUAUUGCAGAAUUGCAGUUUCAUAUGAAAGACUUGGAGAUGACAAAACAUCCCUCGAAUAUAAACUCAAAGCCUUAAAAAUUAGGGAGACUCUAUUCUAAGGUAAUCACCAUGAUCUUGCUUUUUCCUUAAACAGUGUAGCUAUUUCAUAUGAAAGAUUGGGAAACUACAAAGAAGCUCAAGAUUAUUUCUUAAGAGCUUUGAAAAUGAGGGAAGCACUUUAUCACGGUAAACAUCCUGACCUUGCAGAAUCCUAUAACAGUAUUGCUGCUUUCUAUUCGAGACAGGGAGAUUAUUCUAAAGCCUUAGACUAUGAAUUAAAAUCACUUUACAUUAGAGAAAUCCUCUAUUUAAAAAACCAUCCAGACAUAGCUGAGUCUUUAAACAAUGUUGCUGUUGCCUAUGAAAAAUUAGGAUUCGAUGAGGUCGCCCAAGAAUAUGAUUUAUAAGCCAUGAAAAUGAGAGAAGCUCUUUACAAUCAAGAUCACCCUGAACUUGCACAAUCUUACAGUAAUAUGGGAGUCUGUUAUGAGAGAUAGAGGAAUUACUAAAAGGCUUUGGAGUAUGAAAAAAAGGCUUUAAAAAUGAGAUCAAGACUAUAUGAGGGAGAUCAUCCUGAUGUAGCUGAAUCCUAUAAUAAUCUAGGAAUUUGCUAUGAAAGAAUAGGAAGUGAUAAGAAAGCUUUGGAACUUAAGAUAAAAUCUUUGCAAAUGAGAGAAAGAAUAUACAAACAAGAGCAUGCUGACGUAGCUGAAUCAUUAAACAGUGUUGCUAUUUCUUAUGGAAGAAUAGGAGAAAAUCAAAAAGCUUUAGAACAUAAACUAAAGGCUCUAGAAAUUAGAAAAAAGAUCUACUAAGACAAUCAUCCUGAAAUCGCUGAAUCUCUCAGUAGUAUUGCAGUAACUUAUGAAAAACUGGGUGAUGAAGAAAAAGCUUAUGAAUAUGAUUAAAAGGCUUUGGAGAUGAGAAUUAAAGUUUAUCAAACAGAACAGCAUCCUGAAGUAGCUGAUUCAUAUUAAAAUCUUGCUAUUUAUUAUAGCAGAAAAGGUGAUCAUCAAACAUCGCUGGCCUAUAAACUAAAAUCUUUGACCAUCAGAAAGUCUCUGUACAAUGAUGAGAAAAACUCUGAUAUUGCAAAGCAACUAAACAGCGUUGCAGUUACCUAUUAAAAGCUAGGUAACAGAAAAUUUGCUCUAGAUUUCUUCUUAAAAGCUUUGAAAGUAAGAGAAGAUCUGUUCUCUGGAAACCAUCCUGACCUAGUCGAGUCAUAUAGUAAUUUAGCAAAUUUCUUUUAAGAAGAAGGCGACAGCAUUAAAUAGUAAGAAUAUGAGUAAAAACUUAAAUUGUUAAAUAUAAAUUUACUAAGUUAAAUCACUUAAGAAUUGAACCUAUGUCUAUGA